UGAAACCUACAAACAAAAACAAACCUUCAAAAAGGAAUAAAAAAUCCGAUUUUUAUCAUACAAAAUUUCAUCUUUUAGGCGACGGCGAGAGAAUCUGAGAUUGGAUUCGAUUUCUUGGGCAGUGAUUUGGAUUUACUCACUCGGAGCUUCGGAAUACUUUUAAUUGGACUCGUUUACAGAUUCAAUUUGGUUUCUUUUUCCAGAUCUGAGUGGUUAUCUCCGAUUUUGGAUUUGAAUUCACAGAUGUCGAAACCUUGGGGUGGAAUCGGUGCGUGGGCCGAUGAGGCUGAGCGUGCCGAUGAAGAGCAAGCUGCUGAAGCUACAGCUACGGCGGCGGAUUCACAGAGUUUCCCGAGUCUGAAAGAGGCUGCCACUGCUAAGUCUUCUAAGAAGAAGAAGAAGAUGACUCUAUCGGAGUUUACAAACGGACCAUACGCUGCACCGAGCUCUGCUGGAUUGACGAGGGAACAGAUGCUUCAGCUUCCCACUGGUCCAAGACAACGCUCUGAGGAUGAAAUGCAACCUGGUCGUCUCGGUGGUGGAUUCUCUAGUUACGGUGGAGGAAGGUCUAGUGGACCUCCGGGAAGAAUGUCACGAGAUCGAGAUGAUUCUGAUGGGUCUUGGGGCGGUGGUGGUGGUGGUGGUAGGAGAUCUUAUGGCGGAUUUGACGAUGAUCAGAGGGGAUCUAAUUCUAGGGUUUCUGAUUUCCCACAAGUGUCUAGGGCUGAUGAGGAUGAUGAUUGGGGAAAAGGAAAGAAAUCGCUUCCUUCCUUUGAUCAAGGACGUCAAGGUGGUCGUUAUGGUGGUCUCGGUGGCGCUGGUGCUGGCGGUAGCGGCGGCAGUUAUGGUGGCGGAGGUGGUAGCGGUGGCAGUUAUGGUGGUGGAGGAGGUGGCUUCUCUAAAGCUGACGAGGUUGAUAAUUGGGGAGCAGGUAAAGCAAAAGCAUCUACAUUUGGGUCGGGUUACCGUGACUCUGGACCGGAGCCUGAUCGAUGGGCACGAGGAGUUCUCCCUUCCGGAGGUGUUCAGGAGGAGCGUCGUCGUCUUGUUUUGGAGCCACGUAAAGUUGAUACAGGAGUGACUGAAACUGAAACUGAAACUGAAACUGAAACUGAAACGGAAACAGCUGUGAAGACUAGUAAGCCGAGUCCAUUUGGCGCAGCUAGACCAAGAGAGCAAGUUUUGGCGGAGAAAGGAUUGGACUGGAAGAAAAUUGACUCAGAUAUUGAGGCCAAGAAGGGACAAACGAGCAGACCAUCUAGCGCACAAUCUAGUCGACCAUCAAGUGCUCAAUCUAACAGGUCUGAGAGUACAGCACUGAACAAUGUGGAGAAUGUGGUGAAACCGAGACCAAAGGUGAAUCCUUUUGGCGAUGCAAAGCCUAGGGAAGUAUUGCUCGAAGAACAAGGGAAAGAUUGGCGCAAGAUGGAUUCUGAACUCGAGCAUCGCAGGGUUGACAGGCCUGAAACAGAAGAAGAGAGAAUGUUGAAGGAAGAGAUCGAAGAAUUAAGGAAGAAACCCGAGAAGGAAGCAGCCAUCGCACCUGAGAGCAAGGAAUCUCAACCAGAAGCCGAAAAUCACAACGAUAAUCUACCGGAUCUUAUACGUGAGAAAGAGAAGGACCUGGACUUACUGAUCCGUGAGUUGGACGACAAAGUCAGGUUCAGGCCAAGAGCAGUCGAGAGACCUGGAUCCAGUGCAAGCAGAAAUUCCUAUUCAGAUAGACCUCAUUCACGGGCUGGAUCAAUUGAUGAGUCUAGGAAUGUCGAUUCCAUGGAAAGACCUCGAUCACGUGGCACAGGUGAUAAUUGGCCAAGACAAGUAGAUGAUCGAAGAAACUUCCAAGGAAGCAAGGAACGUGGAUUCUUCAGCAACAGAAACUUUGACAGGUCAUCGUCAUCACCAAGGCAAGGAUGGUAAAGAAGGAAGCGAAAGAUGAACGUGGAAUGAUGAGAUUGGAGUUUGGUUGACACACCAUUCCCAGAUUUUGAAGAAGACGGAUAAGAGAGAAGCUGCAAUAAUAUUAAUAAGAAACAUUCAUCUCCUUUGAAAAAAAACCUAAUUUAGGAGGUUUUUUUUUGUUUUUUUGUUUUUCAUUGGUUCAUCUUCGGAAUUGAAGCCUAAUGGUUUCUCGUUCUUGUUGUUCUUUUGGUCUUUUGCUCGUGAAACGGCAUGGCGCAAGACUUGUGACAAUUGAUGUGUCUUCACAAUUUUGGAGACAGAGACUCUGUUCUGUUCUUCUUCUCUGUUUAAAAAUUCGAUUUACAAACACUUUCUGGUUGUUAUCUUCUUUUUCAAAGUUGUGGAGAUUUGUGUCA